GGACACGCAAAUUGCUGAGAAAUCUGAUGCUCACGAUUGCCUGAUCUGUGCGCUCGCAUCAGGCCCUGCAGAAAAUUCAGCGCGAUGGGCGCACUAGAUAACAGAUGCGUGAAUAGGGUGGUGAACGGUGCGAGUGUUGGAGCAGCGCUGGGCGCCUCAAUUGGAGCUCUGUAUGGCACAUAUGAGGCGUUUCGAUUCAAGGUGCCUGGACUCUACAAGAUCAGAUAUGUUGGGCAGACAACCCUCAGCAGCGCUGCGGUUUUUGGGCUAUUCCUUGGAGCAGGAUCGUUGUUACACUGCGGGCGACAAUGAUGGGGAGUCUGUUGAGUGAAUCUUCACUGGAUCUGAGCAGCGGGAAUGCAUGCAUAUGAGUAAAUAGGGUGGCCUGGCCUGUAUCAAUACAAACAGUUUGCUGCCUGCUUCGUUACCAGCUUUUCAAUUUGCCAUUGAGCUUCCUUGUCCUAGGACUGCAGAGCUGAGACUCUUUGCUUCUGGAAGUCCCAGAGAACGGCUGUCCCUGCAGUCUUGCAAAAGUAUAUGGCGUCUUUGUGUGCUCCAAAAAUUUUGUAAUGGAUGCUGUC